AAUUGGCUUUCUGCCUGUGUGUGUGUGUGUGUGUGUGUGUGUGUGUGUGUGUGUGAGUGUGCCUUCUUCUUCCCUGGAACUCGAACACACCCACAAACCGACUCGCUGCAGGAUUUGAAUACCGGACGGAAAUAAGAGCAGAGAGACGGAGCACAGACGGACACACUGCUGACGGAGACAUGAAGCUGUGACAGGAUGAACGAACGCCUGCUAACCACCGCCAUCGCCCACGGCAACAGCUCUUGGGUGGCGUGUUUCCAUCACGACGAUGCGUUCAAGUACCGUGCCUACACCUUUACCUACGUGCUGCUGUUCCCUGUGGCCUUUCUCUGCAACGUCGCGGCGGUCGCCGUCUUCUUCCUGCAGAGCCACCGCAGAAACUCCGCCUCCUGCGUCAUCAUGAUGAACCUCGCCCUAUCAGACGGCAGCUUCUCCCUCACCCUCCCUCUGCGAUUGGCUUAUUACUUCAUGGGCGGGGUGUGGAAGUUCCCUGAUUGGCUGUGUCGCCUGUGUGUCUACGGUUUCUAUGUCAACCUGUACACAAGCAUCCUCUUCCUCACUCUACUGAGCGUGCUCCGUUGGCUCGCCGUGUCCAAGCCCCUGCGUCACCGCUCUCUAGCCACGCCCACUCGCACUUCAUUGGUCUGUCUGGGAGUUUGGCUGUUUGUGGGCGUGUCCUCGGCCCCCUUCCUGUCACAUGGGGUGGAAAUGAGGGAUGGACUUCCUCGCUGUUCGAGCCGUCUAGCCCCUCCUCUUGGGAGCGUGUCCUGAUCUAAACUACGUGGCGGUGGUUCUCGG